UUCGGAUGGUCAAAGUCGGAUUGGUAGUUUUUCUCGAUAAUCGCUUAGAGAUACGAACAAACGGGCAGGAGCAAAGUCCUGAGUGAAUAUACCUUCUACAGCUUAUGCAUUAGAGUGUCAAAUGGAGGUGAAAAACUAGCCGGAAAUCACUUGCUAUAAAGCUGAAAAGCAGCGAGUGCGUGUCAUUGGGGAGUUGUGUGAUUGUGCAUCAACAUCUGACAGGUUAAGCUCACCCUCGUGGAACUCCCUAAUUAAAUUAAUCGGUUAUUUUUGGAGUUUACCUGACAAACAUUACUAUUGGUCCCCACCUGUCCAGUCUGUUUCAAUUUUUAAUAUUCAAAGCGGGUUCGUAACAUGGGUUGGUUGUGAAAAUGUGAUGACGAAUGGUAGCCAAUAACGUGACGUGCUUCAUGGAAAAUUAAUGAAAAUCACUCUGCACGUUAAUAUGAUCCGUAUUACGAAACGGAUAUGAUGAAGAAUGUUGAUUGGAAUGUGCAAAUAAUUAAUAACGAAUCGUGUUGGGAGUUUUAUUAAAAAUACUUAGUGCGAUGUUGUAAAUCAAAUUCAAAUUUGUACUGAACAAUUUAAAGAAUCAUUAUGAUAAUUGAUAAUCUUGUAUAAGGAUUUCAACCCACGUGGUGUAUGGGAAUAAGCCGUAAAAAGUUCUGCGAAACCAAGUGCUUGAAACAGAAUAUGUGCCAAAGCAAUCAAGCUACAUAUAGUCCACUUGUACCCAGUUGAAUCAGAUGUGAUGGAAGCUAAACGUUCUAGAAAAACAUAGCAAUAAAGUAUUGCCUGAAAGUGUGUAAACAAAUCAAUCGUGUCUCAAUCUAAUUAAAGCCAAUUCGGACAACUCCGAGACGACUGGCCUUUCGUUGAUAUCGCAUGAGUGCCAGGCAAAGUGAAACUGUCGAGGAACCAAAAACAGAGCAAACAAAAGAAGUUGAGAAGAGAAGUUGUGUUGAGAAGUUAAGUUGAGAGGAAGAUAUAUACAUAUCUAUCAGAUUAAUACUAGAAUUACGAAUUGGUUGGUUUAUCGUUCAAACAAUUUAACUAUGUUUACGUUACCGUUGCACAAAGAUAACAUUAUGGUCACUUCAUGGAGCGACGCAUCCAGUUAUCGAGUGAAGAAAAGCAUGGCGGAGCUUAUGCAUCAGAUGCGUGAUCCUGCCUCGAUCGGUGGCGGAUCUGUAGGCAGUAUCCCGCAGAGCAUCGUGUCAUCUAGUGCAAAUUCGAACGACAUACACCGUGCGUUGCGUGGCCAGGGCAUCCAUUCGACACCGGCCUCAAAUUUGAAGCUUUCUGAACAAAUGCGGAAUGCACAGCACGACAGUAGUCCUACAUUGAACCCCAACCAGAAUGGGACUAAUGGCAGUGCCGCUGCCGGACAGCAGCACAGUUCGCAGGGGCGUCUGUCCGCCUCGAAGAGCUAUUCCGGAGGGCUCAAUCACUCGGCCAGCGGUGGACACAUGCAGAAUAGUAGCAGCGUUUCGUCCAGUUUAUCGUCUCUACCAGACAUCUCCGCAAAUAACUCUCAAUUUUUCGAGGUGCUUUACGUGGGCAAGAUAAAAGUUUCACACAAACGGGUACCGUUUACCUUCAUCGAUGACGCGCUGCCCAAGUUUAAGGCGUACGAUGCACAAAAGAUCAAACAACAGUUGGAGGCGACGCGCAAGAAUGACAACACAUCAACGGGCGAAUGCGAAACCAUCCAGCAGACACAGGUGUUGAACAGAAUCAAUGAAUCCAACGAGACGAUUGGCGCAGAAAACUUGACGGGCAGUGCAACUGCCGACAAUAAAGAAAACACCCAACCGAUGCCGGCGUCUGAUGAGGGUGAAGUCUUCCGCGGCCGCCGUGUUAGUCAGUUUGACUUGCCCGCGAAAAAGAUCGAAAAAGACUCAUCGAAGGAAGAAUUAGACACCGGAAAUGCCGAAGACAACAAUUGUUCAAAGGCUAGUGGUAUACAAAAAUCUGCCUUACAUCAACCGACACAGAAAGAUUCCAAACCAUCUUCCGACGAAGAGGUCCCCAUAAACCGUGAUCGAUCUGCUUCGAUCGGUUCCAUCCCAAUUGUUGAACAAAACCGAACUAUGGUUUUCCUGAUUGGGCAAACCGAUCUGCGGCUGAUCAGUCCCGACCGUAAACAAGUUCUGCUGCACAAAGAGUUUCGUGACGUGGCCAGCUGUGCCCAAGGUCAGAAAAAUGCAGAUCAUUUCGGUAUAAUCUGUCGGGAUGUGAAUAACGACGGAUACAUUGGAUAUGUAUUCAAAUGUCAGGCGGAGAACGUUGCCGAUGAGAUCAUCAUCGCAAUCUCACAAGCGUUUAUGGUAUGCUCGGAGCAGAAACAGAAAGACAAGGCAGCUGCCCAAAUAUACUCCUGUGAGCAUUGUCCAAUGCUGUGGUACCACAAGCUGUGCUCCGAUGUGGAAGGUUUAAGCGAUAAAAAGACACAGUACAUGAUCUUCAAACGAAUUGAAUCCACGCUGGCAGAUGACGAGCAGCGAUUGGUCAUGGAGAAAUAUCACGGGGCUGAGAAGGCUCCUGGACACAGCAUUGGCGAGCAGAAUCAAUUCCUCAUGAUGCUACUGAGAGCGCACUGCGAAUCUAAGCAACAAAGACACGUUCACGACACGGUUGAACACAGAACUGAAUUCCUCAAUCAAUAUCUAGGUGGCAGUGGUAUCUUUAUGAAGGCUAAGCGGUCGUUGACAAGCUCGUUUGAUCAUCUACUCAAACGACGUGCGAGUAAAGACGAUCUGGGUGGUAUAUCAAUAAAGGAUUCCAGUUCAUCGGGCGAUCUAAGAUCCGCAAGCGACUUAGAACCACAAAUGAGAUCCCGCGCUUCUACCAUUGGUUCUAGUCCGUCCAUGAGUCGGAAGAACUCGGAUUUUAGCGUUGCUCAGAACGCUCCACAAUUGAAAUCUCCGAUGAUGGAUAUAUUCAUAAAGGUGGGAAACAGUCCACGGGAGAACUCCAACCACACUGGAUCGUGGAGACAGGCAAUGCUACACCGUGUUGUUACUCCAUCGAAGGAUAUGAGGGUGGCUGGCGAUGAGUACAUGUCUCCGUUGCGAGCUCCGCAGGUCUGCAACAGAAAACGAACUCGUGGGGAGCUGCGCGAAUUAUGGCAGGUAGCAAUCAAACAGACCAUAAUCCUCAACCGAAUGGACAAAGAGAACGCUAGAUUGCAAGCGCGGCAAAACGCUAUCAAGUCCAACGAGAUCAAGCGCAUCAAGUUGGAAUACGACGAGAUUUCCAAGUGCGAUAGACAAGCCGCCGACAUUUGGGACAACUUUCUGACGGCUCAAUCAAGCGAAGCUGUGCGAACACGAAAGGAUCCAAAAGUGCUCUAUCAAGCGAUCAAGAACGGUGUGCCGAGGUCGAAACGGGGCGAAGUUUGGAUGUUUCUAGCGAAUCAGCAUUCGUUCAACACGGCACCGGUGGAUGUGUCCAAUUUCCCCAACUACCAUACUCCAUAUCAAACGCUGCUGAAGAGCUUGACCGAGCAUCAGCACGCUAUUUUCAUCGAUCUAGGUCGAACUUUUCCAGACCAUAAGUAUUACAAGGACGCUCUAGGAGUAGGGCAACUAUCUCUAUUUAAUUUACUGAAAGCGUAUUCAAUUCUUGAUCCAGAGCUGGGAUAUUGUCAAGGAUUGGGAUUCAUCUGUGCAGUGCUUUUAUUACACCUCGAGGAAUCAGACGCAUUCAACUUGCUCAAACAUCUCAUGUUCAAACGACAAAUGCGCGCCAAGUAUCUACCAGAUAUGAAACAAUUCCAACUGCAACUCUACCAACUGUCUAGGCUAUUAAAGGACCACAUCCCGGAGCUAUACGAAUGGUUCGAUCAGCACGACAUCUCCCCUACACUUUACGCCGCACCAUGGAUUUUGACUGUUUUUAGCUCGCACUUUCCACUUGGGUUCGUAGCGCGUGUCUUCGAUCUCCUCUUCCUGGAGUCAUUUGACGUUAUAUUCCGAUGCGCGAUAGCCUUACUAGAUGUUCACAAAGAACAAUUAUUGCAAAGAGAUAACUUCGAAGAUAUAAUGAACUAUCUUAAAACCAUUGUGCCGAAAAUCGAUUCGGAUGUAAUGGAGAAGGUUUUUCGGAAUGUGUUCAAGUCCGAUUUCUCUCGGCAGCUGAUCGAAUACCAAGUCGAAUAUAAUGUCCUGAAGGAAGAAAUGACAUCACAGAAUCAUCACCGGGAGAACUUCAAUCGAGUUAAGGAGGAAAAUCAUCAGCUUGAAACACAACUGCAGUUUGCUCAAUCAAGCUUAACACAGCUGGACAAAACACGUCAAGCGCACCAACAUCAAAUUCAAACUCUCCAGACGCAAGUUCAGACUUUAGAAAAUACGGUGCAGAUUUUAGUAAAAUUCGUGGAACAAUCCAUCGACAGUAGACCGGAUUAUGUGCUCCCUUCGGAAAUAUGUCGUAUAAUGCAACAGGUUCAAGAUAUACAACACCAACAGUUGAUUCAACAAAAGAAACGAUCCCCAAUUUUCCUAGAUCGAAAAAUUGGCAAAUCUAUAUCAUUCAACAGCAAUUUGGGGCUAGCCUUAAACGUCCUCGAAGAAGGAAAUGAGCAGGACAGUGCUGGGGGUACACCAACAAAAAAGAAGCCCUUUUUUCAAAACUCGUUCGAGCAAAUUCGCCUGCAAAAAGCAGGUCUUCGCCUGAAUAAGCUAGAAGAAUGCAAUAGUCCAGAACACGCUGUAGGAUCGAAACAUAACAGCAUUAGCGAUGAUAGUGGUAUCGCGACUCCUAUCAGUCCCCAGUUGCAUGCCCCCUCGACGACACCCAUGGUAGCGGAGUACAAACCGUUGGUUCCGUCAAUUGAUAUCCAUCCCCUCAGCGGUGACGUCAACGUACAAUUCAAUGGAACGACUCAGCUCAAAUCUAUCAAACCACGUGUGCAAUCCAGACAAAAUUCGGUUUCGUCGAUUGUAAGCGACAUCGGCGAAGGCGGGCCUGUCGUCAUUGGUGGUAACAAUCGAAGCUAACAACCAGCUAUCGAUCGCUAAACUGUCACGCUAGAAUACGUCAGCAUUAUUGCAGGGCAAACAUAAUAUCGACACACGGUUACGCACUGUUCGAUGAAAAUGAAACGAAAUGAUUGCCUUUGGUAUUCAAGAAUUUAAGUUAAUAUAGGAUCCAUUACCUUCAUAUCCAACAGAUGGUUUGUCCAAGUUGUGACAUUAAUUCCGCACUGAAUCUCCCAUACGCUACAUGAUAAAUAGAUAAGGAUAUCCUUUGAUAAAUUGGUCUACGAGUAGUGACGUGAGAAUUUUCGAUGUUGAACUUUCUUUAUUCGAAUCGACGGUGUAAAUCAAAUGGAAGAUUCAAUAAAUCAGAUUACCAAAUAUAGGAAUCUUGAAAUGGAAGCGACGAAUCAAUUCGCAUAACUUUCCAUAAUAAAUUUGAAUGCACAACCUUGGAAAUGAAUGUAGCAAACAUUUAGUCCUACUGUGUUCUAAACUAAAAUUUGUUGAUUUAUCUACCUGUUUUCCAUUUGUUGAUUAAACUCCUCUUAACUAGCCAUUUUGAAAGCUUGAACAAUGAGUGAUUCAGAUAACAAAGGCAAUUCUGUUGUAUUACCGAACAGUGUGUAUCGAUUGUAUAAAAAACGCUGAACGCACUUCAAGCCCAAUCGAUAGAAACAUUUCAACAAAUGUUUUCCAGAUCCACAAAAAUGGCUGAUAAAUUUCAACUGAUUCUUGCAUGCUUGGGCAAACCGUGAUAUGUGGUACUAGUAGUAAGUGUUUAGGAACCCUUUCAGUAUGAACGCUUUGGGCAGUAAUUCCAAUGAAUGCAGCUUCUCGAUACCAGACAUACAUAUAUGAAGGUACAAAUUAGUAAACAGCCCGAUUUGCUUCCGCAAUGUUGUCAAUCAUAUUUACAGUGUAGAAAACCAUGUGUGCAGUGACCACAACAAUGAACCCAGGAUGUAGCAAGUUUGAACCAAUUACCACAAAUGAAUAUUUAAAAAGUGAUAUCUGUGUACCCAAUUUGGCAGCAAAUUCUAAAACAACGUUCAAUUUUGAUAAAAUCUGACGCCAAAUCAAGCUUGCCUGCGACACAUUUACUUAAUAUAAACUAGGAUGCUAGCACAUACCCCAAUAGCUUCUUAUUUGUAAAUAACAAAAUAAAAUAAAAUAAAAAAACAUCAAUGUGUAACAAUGUGCAUCACUAGCACCAGCAAUUAUAGCUGUAUCUAACAAACCUCUAAUUAAAAUAACUACUUAUAAACAGAAAUAUGUAACACACAGACACACCAAGCUAAAUUGAAGGCAAGGGAGAGUAACUUAUUUUAUAAUGAAGCUCCAAAGCUGCCCCCAGAUCUGGAUUUAUCAGGUACAUCAGGCGGAUGGAAGAAGAAUGUUUACGAAGGUGUCUUAUUUCGAGCUUAUCAUUCAGUUGUUUUUUAGCGAUAAAGGUAGGCUAUUUUGAUUCUUUUAUUUUUGUUAAUUAGUUGUUACUUUUUGUAUAAUUUAUGAUUUUACGUUUUGGUUUUACUGAUAUGGUUUGAGUAUAUAAAUCAAUGUAAAGGUAGCUUAGGAAAAUUGAUAUUCAAUUGAAUUUUGUUGAACGGUAUACAAAUCGGUUAGAUUGAAAACGCGGUGUGUACUUUAUUUAGUGUAACGUGAAUCCCAAUAUACAUAUAUGAGUAUUUAAAGAAAAGAAGGAAUAUUAUAUCCGAAUUAUAUAGACAUACGAAUAAAUAUGUACUACUGAUAUUAAUAUGAAAUAAAACUGUGAACCCUGCAUCCAUAUAAUCAGCAAUGUAA